AUGUCAUUGUCCCCAUCAUUGUCUUCGUCGUCUUCAUCAUCGGAGAGAGGUUUGGGUUCGGUUUCAUCGAAUAGCCAGAACUCACCUUCAAAAAAUUCGGACUUUUUGGGGCUGAAGAACCAGCCUCAGGUGAAAAAUAAGAGUUUCGUUCCGAUAAGAUUGCCACCGCCGCCUCCGCCUCUACCACCGCCGAGGUUCUGGGAAGUUACGGCCGGUCCGAGGCCGAACUCAGGGCCACCGGCUCUUGUCAUGCCUUCCAGGCCUCGUGUGUUUCAGAAUUCGGGACCGGUUUUGGGUGGUGAAGGAUCACAGAGCGAUGCGAUUGUAGAAAAGAACGAGGAGACUCCCAAGCCCAAACUGAAACCUUUGCAUUGGGAUAAAGUUAGGGCCAGCUCAGACCGCGCCAUGGUGUGGGAUCAGUUGAAGUCAAGCUCUUUUCAGUUGAAUGAGGAAAUGAUUGAGACGCUGUUUAUGGUAAAUAAUUCGAGUUUGGCACCAAAUGAUAAUGUUCGGCGACAGAUUCUGCCCUCUUUGAACCAGGAGAACCGAGUGCUUGAUCCAAAGAAGUCCCAGAAUAUUGCAAUUUUGUUAAGGGCGCUUAAUGUCACCAUUGAUGAAGUCUGCGAAGCCCUUGUGGAAGGAAAUUCAGAUGCACUUGGGACAGAACUUCUUGAAAGUCUAUUAAAGAUGGCUCCAACCAAAGAGGAGGAACGCAAACUCAGAGAGUUCAAAGAUGAAUCACCAUUUAAGCUUGGGCCAGCUGAGAAAUUUCUGAAAGCAGUGCUUGAUAUACCUUUCGCAUUUAAGAGGGUGGAUGCAAUGCUCUACAUUGCCAGUUUUGAUUCAGAAGUAGAUUAUCUUAAAAGGUCUUUUGAGACUCUGGAGGCUGCUUGUGAAGAAUUGAGGAACAGCAGAAUGUUCCUGAAGCUUCUUGAAGCGGUGCUCAAAACUGGGAAUCGCAUGAAUGUUGGCACCAACCGUGGCGAUGCCCAUGCCUUCAAGCUUGACACACUUCUCAAGCUUGUAGAUAUAAAGGGAGCUGAUGGGAAAACCACUCUACUGCAUUUUGUUGUGCAGGAAAUAACCAGAGCUGAAGGUUUUCGUCUCUCUGGCAUGAAUCAGAAUCAAACAGCUGAGGAAAUUCAACAAUCUUCAUCUUCUUUUCGAGAUGAUGUUGAAUUUAGGAAGCGUGGCCUGCAAGUUGUUUCAGGAUUGAGUGGGGAGCUCACCAGUGUAAAGAAGGCUGCCGCUAUGGAUUCAGAAGUACUGAGCAAAGAAGUUGAAAAAAUUGCUGGAGGAGUUAAAAAAAUAGCAGAAGUUAUAAAAUUAAUUGAAGAAAGUGCGUUGAAGGAUAGUAGCCACAAGUUCUGUGAGUCCAUGAAUGGGUUCUUAAAGAAGGCAGCGGAAGAGAUUGUAAGGAUUCAAGCUCAAGAGAAACUCGCAUUCUCUUUGGUAAAGGAAUUAACAGAAUAUUUCCAUGGGAACUCAGCUAAGGAAGAAGCUCAUCCGUUCCGAAUUUUCAUGGUGGUGAGAGAUUUUCUCUCUGUUCUAGAUCAGGCAUGCAAAGUAGUCGGCAAAGUUAAUGAAAGAACUAUAGUUGGGUCAGCCCGUCAAUUUCCAUUGCCUGCCAAUCCAACCCAUCCGCCAGUUUUUCCUGGAUUCAGUGCAAAGCAGCAGCAGCAUUAUGGUUCCUCAGAUGAAGAAACCUCGCCAUUUUAG